AUGGCGACACUCAAUGUGCGCGAUGCCCUGUCGUACCUCGACCAGGUCAAGGUCCAGUUUACGGACCACCCGGAUGUGUACAAUCGAUUCCUCGAUAUCAUGAAGGAUUUUAAGAGCCAGGCGAUCGAUACGCCCGGCGUCAUCGAGCGUGUGUCGAUGCUGUUCCGCGGGCAGCCGAGUCUCAUACAGGGCUUUAAUACGUUCCUGCCCCCCGGCUACCGCAUCGAAUGCAGCUUUGAUCAGCAUGAGGGGAAUGUGAUCACAGUCACGACGCCGAAUGGCACCACCACACAAACGCUGAGCGGCGGCGGCGGCCUGAUCCCCCCGCCACCGCCCCCACCUGUGCCUCCGCGUCUGCCUCGCCCAUCGUCGGACAUGCCGGGCAGCGCAGCGCCUCCCGCCCCUUCCUCCUCCGCACCGCCGCCUCCCCCGGGGCCCGUGCCACGGGGCGAGUACGUCGAUCGUGUGCCGUCCUCUGUGCGUCCGCCGGGCGGCCUGGGCCUGCCGCCCUCUAUGCCGUCGCCGCCUGGUGCCUACGCACCGCCCAUGGGCUACGACCCCCUUGGACGUGGGCCGCCAGGGCAGGCGCCGCCGCCGCCUGCCGCUGGUCCGCCCCUGGAGCCUGUAUCGCGGCCGCCUGUGGAGUUCAAUCAUGCGAUCAGCUACGUGAACAAAAUCAAGCAGCGCUUUAGCGGCGAUCCUGACACAUACAAGCAGUUCCUGGAGAUUUUGCAGACGUACCAGAAGGAGCAGCGGCCCAUCCACGAGGUGUAUGCUCAGGUCACGGUGCUCUUUGACCAUGCCAAGGACCUGCUCGAAGAGUUCAAGCAGUUUCUGCCCGAUACGGGUGCCGCUGCGCACGACGGCCCGGGCGGGAGCGGCGGUCUGUUUGGCAUGCUGGGCCACAUGACGAACGGGGGUCCGCCGCCGCCGCCGCCAGGUAUGGGCGUCGAGGGCAGUGGCAUGCCGCCGUACGAUCCCAUGCCUCGGCCGCCGCCGCCGCCCAGCAAGAAGCGGAUGGUGCACGAGGCACCGGCUGCUGUGCCGGAGCCCAAGUCGUCGGGCCGCAAGCGCAGCAAAAAGAGCGAUAUGCCGUCACAGCCCCGUGGCACGUUUCUGCCGCCGCCGCCCGGCACGGGCGUGCAUGGCGAGGUGAUGGGCGAUGCGGUGUAUCCGCAUGGCGCGCCCCUGCCGCCGGGCUACGAGGCGCUGCCGCCGGAGGGCUACCUGCCGGCGCCAGGCCCGCCGUCGUACGCGCCGCCGCAUAUGAUGGGCGGCGAGAUGAUGCCGCCGCUCGCACCGCAGAUGGCGACGGUCGAUGAGGUCGCGUUCUUUGAGCGGGUGAAGAAGCACCUGGACGACCGGACGACGUACCUCGACUUUUUAAAGUUGCUCAACUUGUAUGCGCAGGACAUGAUUGAUGUGGCGACGCUCGUGGAUCGAGCCGCGCUGUUCCUGAGCGGCCGCCCUGAGCUGCUGAGCAUGUUCAAGGGGCUCGUCGGGUACGACAUGGGCCGGCACGGCUGGCUGGAGAAUGAGGAUCCCGUGCUGGACAAUGUGCCGGCGCUCGAGCGCGAGCGCUUUGACCUGUCGGUGCAGAAGUCGUGUGGCCCGUCGUACCGCAAGCUGCCGGAGAGCGAGGUCAACUUGUCGUGCAGUGGCCGCGACGCCCUGUGCUGGGAGGUGCUGAACGAUGGGUGGGUGAGCUAUCCCACCUGGGCGAGUGAGGGCGAGUCGUUCAAUCCGCACAAGAAGAAUGUGUACGAGGACGCGCUGUAUCGCAGCGAGGAGGAGCGGCACGAGUACGACUACCAUAUCGAGGCGAAUCUGCGCACGAUUGCGCUGCUCGAGCCGAUCGCCGCGCGGAUCGCGGCGAUGGAUGCGGAGGAGCGCGCGGCGUUCCGUCUCAAGCCGGGACUGGGCGGCCAGAGCAAGAGCAUUUACCAGCGCAUCAUGAAAAAGGUGUAUGGCCGGCAGCACGGCCUCGAGGUGAUUGCUGCGCUGCACGACAACCCGAGCAUCGCUGUGCCGAUCGUGCUGGCGCGCCUCAAGCAAAAGGACGAGGAGUGGAAGCGGGCGCAGCGCGAGUGGAACAAGGUGUGGCGCGAAGUCGACGCGCGCAACUUUUACAAGGCGCUCGACCACCAGGGCGUCAACUUCAAGAGCGCUGACAAGAAGGCCAUCACGACCAAGGCGCUCGUCCAUGAGAUCGAGACGCUCGUCGCGACGCAGCAGCAGCGCCGGCUGGCGAUGGAUCCGAGUCUGCCGCGCCUGGCGCCGCGGUCGCAGCUGUCGUUCGUGAUGGACGACCCGGGCGUGUGUGCCGAUAUCCUGCGCCUCGUAGCGCACUACAUGGACCGUGCGGCGCUCUCGGACCAGGACCGACACCGCCUGGAGCACGUGUGCAAGACGAUCUUGCCGCGGAUGCUCGGUGCGGGGCCGGACGCUCUGGCGGAUCUGCUGAAGCGCAGCGACGACGAGGAGGAGGCGGAGGACGUGGACAACGAGGAAGGCGACGGCGACGACGAGGAGGAGGAACGUGCCCGUGCGCCGGCCGUCGAAACGUGGCACGUCCACAUGCCGUCGACGUCGACGCCGCAUGCGGUGCCGACGAGUGUGCAGCUGUUUGGCAACACGACCAUGUACGUGUUCCUGCGCCUGUGGUGCCUGCUGUAUGCGCGCCUGCACCGACUGAAGCACAAGGACAUGGCGAGCGAGCACUCGCCCAAGGUGAAUCCGCUCGCGGCCGACCUGGGCUUGAUGGACACGGCGAGCGGACCGGCGGGCCUUGUCAACUCGAUUGCGAUGCGCCUGCCCGGCUCGAAGCGGCCGGAGCACACGGCGCAUCUCAGUGAGGCCGACCAGGCGGCGCUCGCGCUGCAGCCGUCGCAGUACUAUGCUGUGCUGCUGGAGGUCAUGGCACGGCACCUCGACCAUGAGCUCGACCAGGCGUCGUUCGAGGAGGCGGUGCGGUACAUGUACACCCACGACGGGUACGUCGUGUACACCGUCGACAAGGUCAUCCAGGCGCUCGUCAAGUCGGCGCUGUCGAUCAGCACGGACGCCAAGUGCCAGGAGCUGCUGGACAAUUACACGUCGACGCUGCGCGACUGCGACGCGCUGUGCGAGGGCCCCGCUGAGGCGCGCGAUGUCCAGCUGUACCGCCGCCUCAUAGCCGCGCGCAUGGCCGCCGAGCAGACUGUGGGGCGCGACGAGCACCUGUUCCGCAUCGAGGCGCGCCCCCAAGACGGCACGCCGCUCAGCGCGACCCUGCACAUCCAGCUCCUGUCGCACGAUGACCUGACGCUCGACGAGCCGCACGACCGCGAGCAGCGCUGGCUGCAGUACAUUGCGAGCUACUGCCUGUGGACGCCGACCGAGGGCCUGCCGGCCAAGACGAGCGCGCCCUUCCUGCACCGCAACCUGCCGCCCACGCCCGAGCCGGAGGCAGAAGGCACGCGGUUCAUCGUCAAGAACGCACUGGACAUCCGCGUGUGCAUCCAGACGUACCGCCUGUUUUUCGUGCAGGACACGGAAGACGUGUUUGUGCGUCUGCAGACGCCACCCAGCCCGGACGAGACAGCGCGCCGCGACGCGCGUCGCCGCGACCGGUGGCACGCAUGGCUCUCGGCACGGCACGAGGCCAUGUCAUCUCCCGAGGCAGCAGAACAGCCCUCUACAUAG